AUGCCGCAACUAUCCGAGAGGGACUUGUCGAGUGUGCAGAAAUUUUUUGAUGCUAUGCAUGCGGCGUUGGCGGCCACUGAAAGUAGGAAGGCGGAGGCGGCGGGAACGGCAGCGCAGUCUGCGUCACUACCGCCUGCCACUGACACUGCCGCCGCAACUACAGCUGGAGUUGCACCAGCACCAGAAGUCAGAGUUGCGGGCAAAGUAGGGACAGCCGAGCGACGUGUUUGGGCGGAAACGGCGUCCGUAUUCUGGCGCAUUGCUAGCAGGCAGCAGACACAACUCCUGUCGUACGUGGCCACUGAUGCGACCCGUGCAAUGUGCAUUCUAUGUGAUGGACUCCUUGAUUAUGUGCUUGGCGAGUUUGAAAGCUUGCCAGCCAAUGCUUCACCACCUGAGGUAGUAGCGUGCGCCUCUUCCCUCGGUGGAGACCAUAUAUUUUUCUUCAUAGACGCCUUCUGCUCGCUGAAAAGCUGCAUCUCCAUGAUGGGCGGCGAGGAGGCCCGCGGAAAAGACAUCCACGCGCACGUCUGUGAGACAGUGGUGCGGCAGCAACACUUCCGCUGGAUGACGCGUGUGUUCUGUGCCUUCUGUGAAGAGGCACGGCGGAUGUAUAUGGAGAAGGGCAGCAUCACUGGUGCAGCCGUGACAGCUACGCGGGAGGUACUGCGGUGCGUGUUGCAUUGCUGCACGGCAAGCACUGCAUGUGCACGUGCAUUGGUGUACACGGAGCCGCGGCCGCUAGCGGCGAAUUUGCUGCACGGCCUCCGCCUGCGCAUCGCCACCUCGUCGCUCAUUCGCCCUUUCGUGCGACAUGCCUCGCUGCAGCGCGGCAGCAGCGGAGGCGGCGACGACUUCAUACCGCAGCGAAAGCCAACAAGCAAGUGCACGUUGGCCGAGAGACUCGCCAGCGGUCGAAAAAACGCGUACGAUGAGAUAUCCAGGGAGGCGCUCGCUGUCGCGGUGGCUGCGGUGGAAAAGGCGGCCGCGUACGAAAGCCCCGCUGUUGUCACCGGGCUCUGUCUCAUCAUUGAGCUGAGCUCGCGCGCUGUUACGCCGGCGCAGGGUGAGGCAGGAAAAUUGUCGCUCAGCGUGCAGGUCGCCAUGUAUGAAAAUAUGCUGGCAGCGUGGGAUGCCCUCUCCCAACUGCUGCAGUCAAGCGGCGAGGGCGCGUCGGUGCACGACUUGGCCGCCCACCGCGAGGUGAUCCUGCAGCAACUCCUCAAGCACGAUCUGGCAGGGUGUGUGCGGUGCAUCUUGCGCUACUGCCCAGCGCUUGUGGAGUGCGAGCCGAUGCUCUUUAGGAUUAUGAGGACUCAGUGCACGCCGCCCAUCGCACGCAGCAAGACAGUAGCAGAAGCAGCAACGGUGGCUGUGCAGGUUGGCAACCCAUCGCAGCAUCAAGGUGGGAGCAGCGAGUUGACCAACGAAAGUCUACACAACCGUGGUGGGAUACCGAGUUCACUCACUGAUAGCAUACAUAUGAUGCGGGCGCUCCCACGCGAGUUUGGCGCCUCUCUUGGCUCAAAUCUAGCCAAGUCACUCUGGAUGGGUAUCUGGCCGGGGACAUCCCGCGCAUCCGCUACCCCUAUAUUAACAACAACAACACCGUCAACAGUAGCGCGGCAGUCAACGCCCGACGAGGAGCAGAUGAGCUCACCGGAUCCGCGCAUGGUUAACGACUCUGUGUCCACAAACCCCCAACCCCUGCUUAGAUCAUCGGAACAUGAUGAGAAGUGGUGGUUCGAAAACAAAACGUUUGUCAUGGUUACGAGUAGCCUGACGGAGGUUCUCAGAGAAGUUUUUACAGACGUUACCAUGCCGCUCUCCCUGCGGCUAUCGAGUUGCACCCUGCUCUCUCAGAUUACGAUGCGCAGCAGCAGUGCCUUUUCUGAGUUGGAGGGGCGUCUAGUAGUGCGUGCGUUCCUUAGCGGGCUGCGGCAUCUGGAACAACGGCUGCAGUCGGCCCCCGUGACGCCGGGCGUCCCUAUACAGGAUGACGACGUCAUCUUUUCUCGGACAGCGAGCUCUACCGGAGGGGAAUUCAUCUGCAAGAGCGGAUCUCCUGAAUCUGUGGAUGAGAACGCCAUGUACGCUGUGCUUGCGCGCCAGAUAUUGUCAGCGCUAUGGCAGACGUACCACGUGCUGCACGAGCCGCCGCUAUCUGGUGAGGUGGUGGAUCUUAUAGAACUACCAUUGCUGCUGCUACGGUGGUGCGAUGAGGCGGCUACCAACGCCGCUGCUGAUGGAGGUGUCGAGGCAUACGACACGCUAAAGUCUCUCUUGUCUCCCGUAGUGCGAUUGUGGUACACCAGCCUUAUAAGCGAUGACGAUGAGGAUAUUAAUACGCGCUCGCAUGAGGUUCUAAUGGAAAUGCUUGCGAUUCUGCUCAAGAUGGGAUCUAUACCCGCUGCGGAUACGGAGAAGUUGGAUGUCUCUGGAGGUGCAGAUACAACUCCUGCGACUUCAGUUUCUGUAUCUGCUGCGACAGUGGUCCACUUGGGUACUGAGAGUAUUGCAUCGGCCGAAAUCGAUGCUACGGUUUUGGAAGCAUCACAAGUAAAGUGUGGUGGCACCGUUCUAGGGUUGUGUGACAUCUUCACCAUCCUCUUAAAACGCAACACCCGUUUUCUCUCUACACAUCUGCUGGAGAUAUUGUUUGCUCUUCUCUGGGCUAAUGAUACACGACUCUCGAAACUGGGACGGCGCUGUAUUACUAGCAGCCUAGAUUUCGGUGAGGUCUACGCGGUGUAUGCGGAGGUAAUACGCAACGCAGAUCCUUCUUUGCUAUUACAACUGCUUCCGCUAUUCUCUUUGGAGCUCGUCUUGAGUAAGGUGCCGGCUGACGCCAAACAUGAACGCCGUGUGCGGCUGUUCCAAUAUGGAUGUGUCGAUGCGGUAAUUACGGUGCUUGAGCAUCUUCUGCUGGUCCCGCAUCACGUUGGGGAAUUCCCACGGCUCAUUCAGCAGCUCUUCCGCUUCCUAUCGGUGGUGGAGUCGCCGCAGGGGUCGGGGCCACACUUGGCGGAGACGCGAUUGGUGCAAAUGUUCGCCGAGAGUCUUGUCUCACUUGAGGGGGCGGAAUUUUUCAUCCUCAUCUCCCAGGCUGUGCUCAAUGCCGCUACGUCCAAGUAUGACGACUACCGAAAUUACUCACGCCGUGUGCAAAUGCAUGGACACUUUAGUCUGUCCAUCCCGAAUUAUUCGGUGGAGAAGCCGGUAUUCGUAGACCUUAUUCCGCCUUUGCUGCGUCACGCACACGAGCACGCGGUAGAGCUAGAAAGCAACCUUCUCUCUGUCGUUCAUCUGGUUCUAAAGAAGACGGCGAAAGUGCGCUCCGAUGCGAUGCUGCAGUGGGUGCUCGAGGCGCGGCAAACGGCACUUCUACCUUAUUUGGAGCUCGACGCCGCUUCGGCAGAUCACCAGCUUCCGUAUGUGGGGCGCAGGGACGAGCUCGAGUCGUUCUGGGCGCCGAUUCUGCGUGAGGCACCGGAGUACAGCGAGCUGCGUUUUAAUUGCACUGGUGGUAUUGUUGUAACUAUGGGGCAAUGGCCAGAGAAGGGAUUCUCCAUCUCCGCCUCCUUUCGUUUCGAGGAGAUCUACAGCACCAUGAACUUAUUUGGUUUUGUUGACUGUGAUGUGCCGUCGCCAUCGCCGGCGUCCAUCUACAUCGCGGGCGGCGACAGCAUACACAUUAUGCAGGAGGGAAAGAAGAUGUCUGUGAAUGAGAGCCAAGCGCUACAGGGCCUUGCCCCGCGACGUUGGGUUCAUUGUCUUGUUGUGAUGAGCGUCGCUCACACUGUCAGCGUGUAUCUCAACGCAAACAGGGUUGGGACGUGUACGUUGCCGUACUUUCGGCCUCACACGGAGGUGAUCAUUAACAUUGGCUUUGUCAAUGAUGUUGUGCAUGACGCCCUCUUCUCUAUUGGCGAUGUCUCCAUGUGGGAUGAGGAACUAACCGCACCGCAGGUUGAGGCGUAUGUCGCCAUGGCACCGUACCAGCCGAAUGUUUGCAAGAUGCUUGUUCAGGAGGUACCACGUGAGUUAUCAGAGAGCCGCGAGGCCUUGCCCGUCGACGACCGCAUUGCCGCCUUUGUGCCAUAUGAGAGCCGUGACACGCUGCUGCUGAGCACCCUCCACGCGCAGCAGGAGAAGUACCCAAUCAUGGCGAAGCUAACCGGCAACUACGCGGAGCCGCCGAAGGGUUGGAUCGAUUACCGCGAUCUCUUCCUGUCCCGUGGCGGGUUGCUGUAUCUGCUUGACUGGAUCGGUCAGUCAAACAGUGCGGAAGAACUGCAAGAUUACGUGGCGCUUGCAUGUAGCUGCAUCCGCAGCACUACCACCAGUGGCACCAUGGACUGGCGCACAUACGCGCUGCUCGGCCACCACCUGUGCCGCCUGGCUCACCUCAUCACGCCGGCCGUGUGCGAUAGUCUCCUAGACCUUGCAGCGACGCAGGUGAGCGUCAACGAUGAACAACACCCCUUCAUUAUCAACCGUCUCGUGUUUGACCACAUUCUGCGCAAUAUGGCGCUGAUUUCCGCUAUGCCGGUGGAAUGCGCCGAAUAUAUUAUGGUGCGUGUGGAAAAGAUGUUCACGUUCGCCUCCUGCCGCUUUGCACGGCGGAACGCUAACUACGUUCUGCCGUUCCGCUUCGUUGACAGCGUGCUCAACAGCCUUGUCUAUGAGGCUGUCUCGCUACCCUUCUCCAUCUGCGCCCGCGUCAUUUCGUGCGUGAAGCAGAUCAUGAUUGCCUGUGACUUUGAGCCGAACAUUGUCAACGCCGUUGCGUCCACGCCGGCGAUGCUCACACCGGCCGAGAUGGAGGUGGUGAGCCUGCUGCAGCCAUCGGUGCGGGUGGUGCUGCCGAAGGCGCGAUUUGCCCAGAUUCGCGUCUCCCACCGUGUAGCGUGUGACAUCACUCUCAUGAUACUGCGCAGCCUCGUCGAGUGUUGCAGUAGUGCUGCCUUCAUUACAGCCUUUGGACUCAUUGUUGAUCUCAAUUGGUUCGCUGCUUGUGUUUCGCGAUUUGCAGAUUCGGCUUCUGUAGUGUACGCGGCGCGGCUCUUCUUUGAGGCGCUACAGUGCAACGCGCUCCUGCGAAACGAGGUAAUGCAAAACCCGGCAGUCGUUGUGGCUGCGCUUUCACCACACAGCUUCAAUGAGGAUCUGGUGCUUCUGCUUCUGAGUCUGAGUGUUGGGGCGGCGAAGCGCAUUGACGUGCUCGCGUCGAAGCACCCAUUGCUCGAGCAGCUGGACGGCAUCCUCCACUUGAUGGUGCCAGAACCCGACGCGGUGGCCGCACCCAUAUUCGCCAAAGUCUUUACGCUUCACUUGAAUGCAACUCUGUUGACUCCCUCCUGUUUCCGACCAUGUGGUAUCAGUACUGUGAUGCAGCGGCGCCUGCAUUGCUCGUACCGCCUGCACAAAUACUUUAGCCUCGCACGGGUGUGUAGCCGGCUGAUGCUGCUUAUUGAGGUUAAACGUCUCCUCCCACCCCAAAGUGGUGGUGAAGGUCUUGCAGUAGCAACAACCACAACAGCUGCAGUGGCGGAAGCAGGCGCCUCACAAUCAUCGACAUUAUCUUCACCGGGAGAAGGCAAGCAGGAAGACGUUAUGCAGCCUGGUACCCUGCCGUUUACGACGCUGCGUCGGCAUCGCGGGGCAUGGAUGGUGCUGCGCGUGUGUGUCCGUCUAUGGCGCACGGCUAAGCGCAGCCGCUAUCAAGUGCUGCUGCAGCGCGUCAGCAAUACUGAACCGCUCCGGGUUUUGGAUAAAGAGGUGAGUGGGACCUUGUUUGUGCUGCACACGCUUCAACGGCUUUCCUCUAAUCCGAAUCUUUUCGUCUCGCUCACACUAUCACCAUACCAGACCGCCUCUCUCGCCUUCUUUGGGACGUUCCUGCAGCGCGCGAAGGUAUUGGCAAAUACUGAAGAGCUUGAACGUGCACAGUGGGGCCAAGCCCCAGUUGCUCUUUCGGCGGACAUUGCAGGAGCAUCAACAACAUCAACAAUCGCGGCGCCGAUGGCGGUAUCAGAUGGACGCGCGAGUAUGGAUGUUGGGAGUGUCGACAGCGUCACUCGCUCUCAAGGGGGAAGCAGUGUGCUGCAGUCCUCGCCGACGAGGUGGGGUGGUGCCGAAGAUGAUGACGACGAUGAAGUUGAGUAUGGAGAGGAGGAGGACGCAUACGCGGAGGAAGAAAAGGGUCCACAGCCAUCAUUGCCACUAUCACCACCACCACUACAACAAGAACAACAACAAGAGUCAAGGCUUGCGCAACAAGAACAGCUGCAGCAAAAGGAAGAAGAGGUUGAGGAGAUAAGGCAGCACACACGCCGGCGCGCAUCGUUACUCUCCUGGGCCUCGUCGCAGUCGGGAAGCGACGAAGACGACGACGGUGUGGAGCAUCGCCUCGGCUCCAUACUGGCGGUUGUUGCCCCAAUUGCAGAGGACGAUAGCGUGCACCGUGAGAUGAGGAGCCAGAUGUACGUGGGGGCCACAAUAGGCUCGAUUGAGGAGCUGAGUGUGCCGCAUGCGUCGGUGGUGGAGUUGCUGCGUGAUAACUCUGUGGAGGUGCUGCGUUGCACCAUCACCUCCUCACUGCAUACGCUGCCCGUCACAACGAGUUGGGUGGGCGGACAGAAGUACGGAUGCUGCGGUGGCUUGUUGUUUCAAGUCAUGCUCAUCAUGGGCGCCACAUCGAGCACGGAAGAGGCGGCAUCAACGCUGACGCAUUUCUUCAUGCAGCAAGUGCUGCGCUGCGUGAAGAGGCAUGAGCACUCGCUGGAAUCCUCGCGGCAUAUGCCGGAAAUGGCAUCAUCGAAGACGAUGGCGAUAACAACAACAAAGGGACUCGGCAGGCGCGGUGGUGUUGGCAACAACAGCACCAGCAGCAACAUCAUUCAUUCAUCCAGCGCAAGCAUGCUGCAACAGGGUUCGGUGUCGGACGUAUUCUUCUUCAAUGUCUGCCGCUUCAACGACCUCCUAGUCGAUCUCCUCUCAUUCAACGUCAUGGAGUUGUCGCAUCUCUCGCCGUACUUUGUUUCGAUGCUCACGACUGCAGCUUCGUCGUGGCCGCGCCGCUCUCUACAGCAACUUCGCUCGCAGGUCGUGAAGGGCUGUAUAGCGGUGCUGAACAAGCCUUCAACGCAGGAGGUGACUCCUGAACUAAUGGAACUCAUCUACCUCAUGUUUACCCGUGCCAUGACACCGCAGUGGAUCAUGAAGGACAUGCUCGAGUGUCUCCUGCGCGUGCUGUUUCGCAUCUACGCGGCACUCCCGCCGACGUCUAUGAACGACGAGGAGACAACGCGGCGGAAAAGCUUCGUCAUUUUGUGCAUACGGCACAUGAUGCACACCUACAGCGGGAGCAAGGAACUGCAGAAGGCCCUCACCGCACGCACCUUGACACAUCGCUUCUCACUCUACAAGGAAUUUACAGCCACAUUACUCGGAAAGGAUGAGGCAGCUGCCAUCGCCGCCUUUGACAUCUUCUGCCGUAACAACAUGACGACAGUCGAUACGCUGAUGUCUGGGCGCCCCAAGACGAAGGCAGACAUUGCCUUCAAGUCAUUGCUGAAGGACCGCAGCGAGUAUAUUAAACGCAUCAAGGUGUUCAACGAGGCGUAUACAAAAACAACAGAGCUGAAGGAGCAGCACAAGACAGCAGCAUUAAUCGACGCCUACACUUCCCGCUUCUCCUCUCAAGUUGGGCGCAUCUCAUCUUUAAGUCUAUCCCAGGUUCACUGGCUGACGCCGCAGUGUUGUUCCUUUGAGCAAAGUGACCCUCGCGCGCGCUUGCUGCAUUACAUGGACACACGUGGGAACCACACGAAGGUGCUGGCUGGUUGGGGUUCAGAGGAUGCCGUCCCCACUGUCGUGGGCGCUGAUACAUGCGAGCAGCAGCUCAACCACAUUUCAGCCCUGGUGCCACCCUUUACCGUCCGUUGCAGGCCUUACGUGUACACUGGGUGUGUGCCUUUCAUUGAUCGUCGCUGCGAUGUGAGCCACUCUGCGGUGAGUCUACUGCGAUACCUCUUGGAGCCAAACGAGGUGCUGCGCUUCAUUAGUAACGGGUUCCGUGUCAACGGUAUCCACGUCACCCCAUGCCUGGUUCUCCUCACUGAUACGACACUGAAGCUCAUUGGCUUUUCCCACAUCACAGAAUCGGGUGACAUUGUCUUGUGCAAAUGUGAACACGACGAAGAAGAAGCUGGUCGCUCUGUCACAUGUGUUAUGACGCGUCCGCCAAAGCGGAGGUCAAAUGAUGAACAGACCGCUCUCAGCUUCGCCCUCUCCAUGACGAGUAAGUUGCAGCGCUUCCUUACUGACACCAGUAGUGGCAGCGACCGGCGGCGGCGGCGCGAGUCAGAGGCGUGCAAAGACGGAACCAAAGUGGCACAGUCUGUGCGACAGUCAACGGGGCACGCGUACCGUGAUUUAUUCUGGGUCUACCGCACGCGCAACAUACGCUCAGUGCGUACAGCGCUCUACAUGCACCAAGACACUGCUGUUCGUCUUGAGCUCAUGUAUGAUGAUGGGUUACUGCUGUCAGUUGUAGAUGCGCAGCAGUCCAUGAAUACCCGCGUACGUGACGCGUUCCUCGCCAUGCUGAAGGAAGUCCUCGGCACGCAGCGAUACGAUUUCUAUGACCACUCUCAGCGAGGUGCCAGCAUUCGAUCAAUGCUUAUCCGCUGGGCAGCAGGAUCUGUCUCCACCUUCGACUACCUCAAAUUUCUCAACUGUGUGGCAGGUCGCACCAUCAUAGACUUUAACCAAUACCCAGUUUACCCGUGGGUGCUCGCGGACUACAAGUCAGAGGAAGUUGCGCUUGAUUUACCCGCGUCAUAUCGGGACUUCUCGCUGCCAAUGGGGGCGCAGACCGAAACGCGCCGGCAAGCGGUGGCGCGACUGUAUAAACAGAUGAUGGAGAUGCAGACGGCGGAGCCGGACAUGGAGGUUGUGGAGCCGUUCCACCACGGCACGCACUACUCAACUAGUGGAGGUGUGUUGCAUUACCUUAUCCGCGCCGAGCCAUACACGACGUUUGCGCGUAUCUUUCAGGGGGGCGAUUUCGACGUGGCAACGCGUCUGUUUGACUCUAUUGAGGCUUCGUUUCAAUCGUGUGUGAAUGGUCCAACGGACUGUAAGGAGCUAACGCCAGAGUUCUAUUCGAAUAGUAUGUUCCUCGUGAAUGUGAAUCACUGCAUAUUCGGCGAAAAGUCAGACGGAAGCACCGUGAAUGACGUAAGGUUGCCGCCCUGGGCUAAAGGCUCGACGCAAGUCUUUACCGCUAUUAUGCGGUACGCACUGGAGAGCAGCGCCGUCGUGAAUAACAUUCAUCGUUGGAUCGACCUCAUAUUUGGCGUCUGUCGCCGCGGUCGGCUUGCUGUGGAGAGGUACAACGUGUUCCAACGCAUGACGUACGGUGAGGAGGUUGUGCGGGCACUUAAUAGGAGUCAUGACUCGCGCGACAUCGAUGUCAUCAUCGCUGAGGUCGACAACUUUGGGCAGACACCAAUGCAAUUGUUUCAGGAACGCCACCCAGCACAGCGAGAGCUCGAGCCGUGCGACUCGCCGAGUGGUGGCGGCAGUGCUGGUGCCGGCGCCAGUUCCGGUGGUGGUGCAGAAGGCGGUGGCAACAGCAGCAGCAGCGGUGGUAGUGGUGGUGGCAGUGGUGGCGUCAGCACGCGCAGCGGUCACACGUACAACACCGCCUUUCAGGAGCAGAUGCCGAAGGUAGUCUUGAUGGUAAUGCACGCGCUUGAUUCGCCGCAGACGUGGUUCGUCUUUGAGGAUCCGGCGCCAGGAAUCUUUCAGGCAACGCCUGCAAAACUCUCCGAGAUGUUUCGUAUUCACGACAACGCGGUGCUUGAUUUUGCUACGCUUCGGGGUGGAACAAAGAUGUGCUGCUACAGGUAUAUUGUGCCUGUUGACGAUGCGGAUUACAUGAUAGCCUGGAGUGAAGGCGAACAUCUGCUGAUGCGCUUCGAUGUCACAAGCGGUCGUUUCCUCUCACUGUUGCGUUACACCUCAGCGCUCAAGGCGCCCGUAAGCGUUAGUGUUAUUCGUGUGAGCUGCCGCGAGACGCUCAUCCUCCUUGGCUCCAACAGCGGCACACUGUACUGCCUCACCCCGAGCUCAGAGGACGGUAUGCUGCUACUGAGCUCGACGUUGUGCCACCACACACACUCUAUUGCCGGUUUCGCUUCGGACACGCAUUACGGCCGCGUCAUCAGCUACACCACGUGCGGCGCUGAUUUCCCUAUUGUGUGGUGCGUUCAACAACAGCGCACGCAGAAGCUCCACCGGCUAGACACUACACGCAUGAUUCCCAACGCGACACCAGGCGACCGCAUCGUUGUUGCUGCUGCUCUGGACCCGCGUUGUGCGAAUUCCAUCGUCGUCACACGCCGCCAUCUUUUGAUAUUUGACCGGUAUGGCGAGCCGUACGGCAUUGGUGCCCUUCCCAUGUCUGAAGUUGCUUCCCCGCACUUGGAGGACGAAACUGGCCAAGUUGGCUUCGCCGUAGACGGCGGCCACAUGUUCGUUGCCAGCAUGACAACCGUCACGACGUACGACACGCUUGAGUGGUGCUCCGGCAUUCAGCUGCUGCUCACCGGGCACCAGGACGGCAGUGUGUCGCUCUGGCGGGCGGUGCGGCUGCCGCCGGAUAGUGUGCAGCACGGCCGCAUAGUGCGCGUGGAGUACCACGGGCCUCUUGUGGACAGUGAUCAGCGCGUGCGGCUCGGCGCCGUCACGGCGAUACGGCAGGAGCAGCGCGACGUGCCAGUGUUUCACAUCGGUUACCACAGCGGCGCGGUGAAGGUGCUGCGCUUUGACAGCCGCGUCGCGGAGACGACGAAGACGGCCAAGUCGUGA